AUGUUUCGGAACCGCAUUUCAGUUGUGCGGAAAACAAGGGUUACACCGAAACCAAGCACUACUACGCAGUCAUCUCUCGGAUUGGCCAGUGCGGAUGUUGAGAAAGGUGAUGGACCGAUCUUUUUUCAAGCAGAAAGUGUUCCACUGCCAAGCUGUGUCAGUCUAGCAAACGUUACGCCCUCGGUUGCUAACGAUUCCGCUGUAAUCGAGUGUGCUAAGCCGGACGAAGGUAUCUGCAUCGAUGAAACGGUAUUUUCGAUGGAUGAUAGUUGUGAAAUAGGCGAGAACGAGUUACGGCUAGCGGAAGAAGAUGAUAACGACCUUACAAAGGAUCUGGAUUUUAGCCGACCAUCACCGACACUGUUUUCGAUAACGUCACCAAAAAGAGCCCGAAUGAUGUUGGAAAUUCAAAACUCGGUUGAACGGAAUGCUUCCGUUAGUAGCUCUACGGCAUGCACAUUGAUGGUGACACCUUUGGCGAGUUCCAGUUCCAUUCAAACAAACAUUCCGAGCACAUCACAGUCGGUGUUUCGGUGUACUAGUGCCGAAACACCAAAACAGACGGAGCAAAACCCAAUACCGUGGAGCAUCCGUUCGUCAGUACAAUCGAAACAGGGUGGAGAAGUAAAGCGCCAGUCGAUUGCCGGUGCCAUAGACGAUUUGAACGAGAUGACGGAAGAGUUGAUCGAUUUUAUUCGGUGCUUUGAUGAAAAGUAUACCGGCGCAAUCAACUGA